GCAGCCGAGCAAAGAAACCCAAGCCCGGCAGCACCCAUCCCUUUGAGAAACCAGUGAGAAAGCUUGAUUUUUGCCCUUCUUUUCUUGUUCAAGAACAAGAUUUAAGCUUGGAAAUCUUCCCCCCCCCCCCCUUCUGCAAAAUUUCAGAUCUGCUCUGCUCUUCCUCCCUUGUCCAUCGGUGCUACUAGGCACAAAUUUCUAGGCUUUUUCUGGUGGCUAAUUGAUGGCUCCGGGAUUAUGGGUGACCAUAGUGAUGCAGUGUGCGCACUUGGCUUUAGUAGAAAUGGAAUCAAGGCCUGGGAAAGUCUCGUUGUCCUUAAACGAAAAGAAUGAAAAAGUCUUAGAAGAGAAGUUUAUAGAUAUUGGGCACUAUAUUUGGACCAUUGUUGGUUUGAAUAAUGUUUCCAAACCAACAGUGGUCCGAAUAUAAUGCACAAUAUACUUUUAUAUUUUCC